GUCACGAUGAGCUCUGCACACAUCCCUGGCCUCAACUACACCAGCCUCCAAUACGGCGAUCAUACCCUCCAGCGAGUCGCCGUCUGGCAGUUUGAUGACGAUGACGACACACAAGAGGCGCAUGCGCCAGCGUCAGCUUAUUGGAUAAUCUUCGUCCACGGAGGCGCGUGGCGAGACCCCAGAAACACCGUCGACGACUUUGUGCCACCCGUCCAGCAUAUGGCCGCGCGCGCGGAUCUGCCCAAGUCGGCCAUCCGGGGCUUUGCCAGCCUUGACUACCGCCUGUCUCCGCACCCGCAGUUUCCCCAGGAUCCCUCGACGCCGGCGAAGGAGUUGCACAACGCCCGUCACCCGGACCAUAUCCGGGACGUCGUCUCCGCGCUGCGCUUUCUCGAUGGCAAGUACGGCAUUGGCAACAACUACGUGCUCAUUGGCCACUCGGCGGGCGGUGCGCUGGCCCACCAGGUCGUCAUGAACAGCGACGCAUCGUGUGGCUGGGCUCCCGCAGUGCCGCUGCCAGCAGCCCUCAUCAGCAUAUCGGGCAUCCACGACUUGAGAGGCAUGGUCGCCAGGCACGGCGGGAUUUACGAAGAGUUCACGACUGGCGUUUUUGGCCCGGACAAGCAGGUUUGGGACGCAGUGUCUCCGGCAACGUUUGCUGGUAACUUCAAGGACGUCUGGGGGGACGGGCCUCGUCUCGUCAUCUUGGCAAACUCUGCAGAGGACACCCUGAUCGAUAUGCCAGAGCUCGACGUUAUGGAAGCCAGGCUCAUCGCAGACGGCAUCACACCGAUAGCCAUCAGGGACCUCAGCCUUGAACACGACGACAUUUGGAGAGAGGGCACACAAGUUGCGGCUCUCGUAGCCAAGGCUGUGGCAAAGCUGCAACAGCCUUGAGAAUCGCAUCGCAUCGCAUCGCACAGCGCCAAGUGGGAACAGAGAAUUGCCUGAUUGAUUAAAGCCGUCAUUAUUACUACUGCUACUACCGCUACUACCGCUACCUCUGCCUGAGAACACGAUUCCUUGGUGAGCCAUGUUCCGGUAUCGGCGUCUAUGCUUUUGGUCUUCCCAUUGUGAUUCCUACUCCCAUGCCUAGUCCUCAAAGCCCCUUUUUAGUUUUCUAAUCAACUGCUCUUACCAACAGCUUCGCCAACUAGCUGGCUGGCUAAACCUUGGCCCAGAGUUUCCAUCCGGUCGCAGAGAUACGACAUGAUAUGAAAAUGACUGUUGCCGCAGCCAUCACGGUCCCUCCCCAUAUCUGUGCCCAAAAAUAGUUUCCAUGGUUGUGAUCGAUAAUGGCACCCGCUGUUGGUGCCCCGGCCACCGUUGCCAGCGCACUGAGCGUUUCCACCAUGCCAAACCUGACACCCAUCUUCUGCGGGUCUUUGGUCAAGCUCGUCAGGGACGCAACAAACAGGCCCUGGUUUGCGCCGAUUGAUAGGCCGUAGACGACGCUAAAGACGUACAUGCCCGUUCGGGUUGUGACUGCGGUCCAGGAGUACAGUAUGGCGAACACAGCCGCGAGGGCGGCGAUGAAGAGGUUGAUUGGCCCAGUCCAUCUGUCUGCGAUGUAGCCUGCAAUCGGCCGCAUGGGGAUGCCCAUGGCAUUCGUUAUAAUGAGCAGAUUGAUGGAAUCACUGUUUGAAAAGCCAAUGACGUUACGGGCGUAACUGUUAAUAUAGAAGAAGACAAAGUAGAGAG